CCCGUCACGACAGAGCAGCCUCCUUCUGUGUGAACCAACGAGGCAGAGAGAGACAGAGAGGGACAGAGAGGGACAGACAGAGGUAGAGCGGAUAUAAGAGAGGGGGGUGAGAGAAAGAAGAGGUGAAGAGCCACGGAGCAAAAACACACAUCCAUCGCUGCCAAUCUGACGUCUCCCCCCUUCGUGCGCCUGUUUCGGCUUGUGUGAGCGCAAGAAGAGGAGAGAGGGAGGGAGAGAGGGAGGAAAAUAAAUCCUGGGAGCCUGAGUCCUCUCUUUGCUUUAUAUCCUCUUCUCUUUUUUUCAUCUCCAUCAUCCAAGGCAUGAAGGCGGGUGUCAGCUGGCACGGCAGAAUAAAAGAAAGGGAUGCUUUGACUGCUGCCUCUCUUUCGACAAGGGACAAGGAAGAGGAAGGGGGGGACAACACACAGCAGGGACAAAAACAGGAUUUCUAGAAUGAAUUGGAGUCCUUCUGCCGCAUGCGCUGGGAAUAGCAGUUUCCGCACAAGUCUUUGAAUGAGGGGCCAUCCCUGAGGACGUGAAACUGUGGAGAGAGUUUGGAUGUGACACCAGUUGCACAGCUUCCCACCGCGUUUGACCACCUUCAGCUGCACACAUCUCUGCUGUUCAGGCGGCACCAAUAAAGGCAGGCUUGAGACAAAGAGUUGUGGCAGUAUCAGAGGACACGAGGAGGAAAGGAAUACACUGGAGGAGGGGCCUGAGCUUGCUGCAGACGGGCAGAGGACUGCUUGUCAGUGUCGCCUGUCUGCGUGAGUAGACACAGCAGAGGUAGAAGAAAUGGUCGCCUGAGGCGUCAUGGAGGACAUCAACACUACGUAGCCUGUCCGGUAUGCAGUGUGGCCUUCCCAGCUACGCAUCACCAGUGGUGCCAUGAUCCAGUUAUAACUGUGGGUAAUGCCGAGCCAAAUAACCAAUCCUGGAGAUGCCGAAGAGAAGAGAUAUUCUUGCCAUCGUGUUGAUCGUGUUACCCUGGACUCUGCUCAUCACUGUUUGGCACCAAAGCGCUAUAGCUCCACUCCUCGCCAUCCGCAAGGCCUGUCACCACCUAGUAAAAGAGAUCUUUAUCAUUCCAGAGAGGCUUGCAGUCCACCACCACCGGCUCUCAGAUGACGGUGUCGAGGGCAAGAGGGAGGCAGGUGGCCAGGCACAGGACUCCAAGGAAUACUGUGCCUCAGAUAAGGACAUUGUGGAGGUGGUGAGGACAGAGUAUGUGUACACACGGCCUCCGCCCUGGUCCGAUGUGCUGCCCACCAUCCACAUCAUCACCCCCACAUAUAGUCGACCGGUGCAGAAAGCAGAGCUGACACGGCUGGCAAACACCUUCCUCCAUGUUCCCAACCUGCACUGGAUCCUGGUGGAGGACUCCCAAAGGAGAACGCCUCUUGUCACUCGGCUUCUCCGAGAAACAGGACUUAACUACACCCACCUCAAUGUGGAGACGCCCAGGAACUAUAAGCUGCGGGGUGACACUCGGGACCCCAGAAUUCCUAGGGGGACCAUGCAGAGGAACCUGGCCCUGCGGUGGCUGAGGGAGACCUUCAACGCAAACAGCAGCCAAGCUGGAAUUGUCUACUUUGCAGACGACGACAACACGUACAGCCUGGAGUUGUUUGAGGAGAUGAGAUCGACUCGGAAAGUUUCAGUGUGGCCUGUGGCCUUUGUAGGCGGCUUGCGGUAUGAGUCGCCCAAGGUCAACGCAGCUGGAAAGGUCUAUGGCUGGAAGACAGUGUUCGACCCCCAUCGGCCCUUUGCCAUCGACAUGGCUGGCUUUGCCAUCAACCUAAGGCUCAUACUCUUCAAGCCGCAGGCGUAUUUUAAGCUUCGCGGGGUGAAAGGAGGCUACCAGGAGAGCAGUUUGCUCCGGGAACUUGUCACACUCAACGACCUGGAGCCUAAAGCAGCCAAUUGCACUAAGAUACUUGUUUGGCACACGAGAACGGAGAAACCUGUCCUUGUGAACGAGGGGAAAAAGGGAUUCACAGACCCCAAUGUGGAGAUUUGACAGCUCCCCGUCAGACCAUGGUGUUUGGCCUUGGACCUACAGAGGAAGAGAACGGCUGAGUCUCUUGAUAAGUGCAACCAGCGCUCAUGUCUUAAUCAUCAGAAAAAAAGGAAAAGGGGGCCUUCGAAGGGGAAUUUAAUCCUCUUGACUGCAUCUGACAUUUUUAAAAUAUGGACUAAAACAGUACAAAUGUACCAUAUUAAAGCACAGAUUAGUAAAAGUCUGCAGUUAUUUGUCAGGUCCACGACUGACAUGCAGAAAUAAAAGGACACCUCACAGUGUGGAUGGACGUGUCCUGCACCUUCACGGUACGAUGCCCCGCUGAGGACGACCCAACAAAAGAGACAGCACAAUAUGACAAGCAUACAGCCAGCGGAGGCAAACAAGCAGGUUAAAGAAUAUCCUUCACCUCAAGAAAAGAAAAAAAAAAAGAAAUGUUAUAUAAAAAAAAUGAUCUGCACAUAUAGGGAAAGUCCUCUUGGAUUUAAGGACAUCAUCAGCCUGGAUAAAACCACAACUCCAAGGACAAACAUGUCUUGUGUGGAUUUUCCUUUGAGCAAACAUAGCAAGGGAAGGAAUGUUCUUUUGAUAACUAUGAAAUGUUUGCUUUAAUUUAACUUAAUCGGUUCGGGUGUUUAACAAGUACUUGACUUGUUAGUUCAAUACUACUGACUCGUACCUGCAUUUAUUCUUGGGUUAUCAUUGUUCAUUUUACGGUGUCAUUAGAAUUCACACAUUUAAGCCACUCCCCCAUACACUUGAAGAAAGACUGCUGUUUGAAACGUACCCCUUUUUGUGUUUAGGAUCUACACAUAAACAUUAAAAAAAAAAACCUUCUUAGCACUUCAAAAAUACACAAAUUUUAUGCUCCAUUGUGGCGACAUGUGUAAAUAGUAAUUCAAGAACAGCCAGAGGAUUGAUGACAAAUUUUGACAAACGCAUUGUAAUUACUGUAUUUAUAUGUAAAAAAAAACAAAAAACAAAGUCUCUUCUCUUUUCCCCCUGAAUUCCUCACAACAACACACGGCAAGGCACAGGUUCACUCUAGGUUCAACACAUGGAAAGAGUAAUAGCACAUCACCAAUUUCAUUUGGUAACUGCAGUUUGUGACACAUUCAUAAGCAAGAACUUCAAAUCAGCUACACGGUAGACUCACUAACGGCGACCUAAUUGCCAUGUAAGCUUUCAUACAAAGUGUCAUUUUUGACAACUCAAGUCGUUUUAGAGAGCUAAUAUUUCCCCUUGUCUAUGCACGUUCACGUAUCCACGAGCCACCAAUUAUCAAAGGUCCACUCACUGUGUGCAGAAGAGGGCAGGAUGAAACAGCAUCAAAGCCAGAGAAUCUGAUUUGUCAGACAGAAUUCCCCAAAAUCUAAAUUUCGAUGCUCAAGCUACAUCUGCUGGCUUUUAUUACAUCUCACCUGAAAAGAGCUGGUAUAAUUCAUGACUAUUAAAAUAACUCAUGCAUGGCCCCAAAUAUUUUGGUUUUUGUUUAAAAAAAAUCAGCUUCCAUGUAUGAAAAACGAUAAUUCAAGAUAAACAAAAGCACAACAAAAAUGUAUCUUGUUUUUGCUAUUGAUUUAUGCGCCAUCCUCAGUACUGUGGAUUGAUGGUUUCUUUUAGUAUAAGUACCCAUCUGUUGUAUGUUAACUGGAUCACAGAAGGGAUCCACCGCAGCUCUAACGAUAUACAUCAGCAGCUAUGAAGCUGUACAGCUGAACACUGUAACAAAGUUAUUCUACACCUCGUAUAAUAGAAUCUCUCCUCUGCUUGAUAAAUCAUCUGUCUAGUGCAAUACACAGUGGUGGCUCUUAUCUAACAUUGCCCGGCAGAAGUAGCUGGAGAUAAUUCAAACACUGAGCCUCUGCACUGUUGCCAGAUUAUCUCUGUGCACCCCCCACAUCCCACCCACCCCUCCUUUAACACACACACACACACACACACACACACACACACAACCCAAAACACACUGCUGCAGUAUGAAAACUUACAAAGACGUUACAGCCUCUCGGGCUCAUCAGCCGGGGAAACCGUGUUAUUACAUAUUUCACUUGGAAUAUGAUAAGAUUUUCAGACAAUGGCUGUAUUGUAUCUCUUAUCGGACUGGCUGUUUUCAUUAACUGCAUGAUAUUACACUGCACAGGGAUCGGCCAUUGAAGAUCACUAGGAUUUGUUCUAACUCUUCACUUGCCUCCCAUUAUUUAUGAAAAAAAUAAUCAAAUUUAAUAUAUUUAUUUAUGUAUUUAUUUCAAGUGUGGAUGUGCAAUUGAAUCAUAGCAGUGUUUGCCCUUAAAUCUGUAUUUUUUCCAAAUGCUCUCUCAAAAAAAAGCAUGCGCACAUACGGUAUAGUGUACACAUGGAUUAACAUACAAAUCAGUAAAAAAGUUAGAGCUACCAAAACACACACAAACACACACACACACACACACACACACACACACACACACACACACACACACACACUUCUUUAUAGCAUUGUUAUUGAUCUAAUUUCUACUUGAGAGGUCAUUAUUGGCUUUUAAUCUGAAGGAAUGAAACCACCUGAAAUGUUUCUAGCAGUGAAACUAAUUAAGAGUCCAAAUGGAAAAAAUGCCAGUGACACAGAUUUGAACACUACAGGUUGUCCUGAAAUUAAGUAUGUUGUAUAUGAUUUACUUUUCAAAUGAAACUUAAGUCCCGCUCUUGUGUUUGAGAUGUUGCUCCUGUCUGUCCUGUGGCGCACAGGUGGGCAUGUGGUUGGACUCUUUGAUGUUUCUUUCUGUGGUGUGUCCUGAAGCAGCAGAACUAUUCAAAAAGGGCCUCACCUUGAAAGUUACGUAAAGUUACAACUUUGUCCAACAAAUUUCUCUGACUUGAGCAGACGACGUAUCAAGCAAUAUCUAAUACUCACAAAGAAUUAGUCUACUAGAACCAACAUACCUAUAUAUCAACUUAAGCAGUGUGGUUUAUUCAGUAUUUAAUGUCAGUUAAAACGAGCAUUACCCUCCAAGGGGCUUCUCUAAGGCACAAUACACUUUACACACUAAGUCUUCUCUUUUCCUCAUCUCCACUGUCAUCCCCCCCAGCCUCAUGUGAUUCACAUUUUAUGCAUGUGACUCUUAAGGUUGUUUAUUUGCCACAGCAGUUCUGUCUCAGAGAAAGAUGUUAGUUGAAUCAAGAGAAAUAAAUAACUAAG